AUGAAAACGGCGACAGAGAUGUCUUUAGAAUCAAAAACAUCGAAUAUAACAGCGUUAUCAUUAGAUUUCAAUAACAACACAAAGAAUUCGAUUUUAAAAAAUUCCGGUGCACUUUUUGCGUCUUUCCCAAAACUAUCACUUUGCCGUACACUACAACACCAGCAAUCCCAACAAGAAAGUGUUGAUGCCAAAAAUGAAUUAAAUGAAGAUAUUAGGGUUAAUAAAAGUGCACAAGAAUUAAAAAACAACUCAAAUAAUAAUGUGUUAUUGCCAACAACCAUUGAUCUCCAGAAAGCAAUAUCAAAUCGAACAAAAACUGUCGAACAGAUUAAAAAACCUGCAUUACUAUCCAUUAGAAACGUACCAGACAAUGAUCGAAUACUUUGUCCAAAAAAUCUUUCAGUAUUUAAUGAAACACAGGCAAUCAAUAUGUCACUCCCAAAUGAGCAAACGAUGCCCUUGAAAAAAAAUGACGAAAGAAAUUUGAUCUUAGGAUCAUUAUCCUCAGUUCAGAACAAAUGCGACGAAUUACCUUCAAAUAAUCACGUUCCAUCAUUAUUAGUGCCAAAGUAUUCACAAGAGAAGAUAAAAUCAUCGUUACAAUCGCCAAUAACACAAUCAUCGCCCUUCUAUUCUGAUAUCAACUUUCCCACAAGCGUAUCAUGUACACCAUUAUCUUCAAUGAUGAAUAAUCAACAACAACAGUCAAAGCGUGUUUCAAAACCGAACAUUGUAAAUACAACAAGCAAUAGUCGUAUACAAAUUUUAAACUAUGCUGUAGAACAUUGUCUAGACGACUUAACAUACGAUGUUGCAGAAGAAUUCAAAUCAUUUAUUGCUAACAAUAGUCCAAAGUCAAGCUCUCAAAGUGAAACCACACAAUCUGAAAAUGUAACAGCGUAUGGUGAACAAGAAUCGAUGGAAAUGAAUGAUGGCGAAGCAGAUAAUGUAUGUUUAACACAUGAAGUAGAAUUUUGUAAUAAGACAAAAUGGUAUAUUAGUGAAUUAAGAAUAAAUCGUCAACCGAUCUAUCGUACUUAUUGGACAAAUAGUCGUGGUAAAAAGAAAUAUCAUUCUAUUAAUCGAAAAUUAAGUAAUUCGGUAAACGAUCUGAAAUAUUUUAUUAGUUCAAAUUGUUUACAUAACAAAAAUGCAACUAGUAAUGAUGGUAUUAUUCAGCAACCAACACAUUCGUCAUUAUCAUUACAAAAUUAUGACUUAUUGCGUAGUGAAUCGACAGCUGUUGAUAAUUGUGACAGGCGAAAAUCAGAAGAUAAUAUUUCUUGUCCAAACACUAAUUUACAGACACACACCAAUUAUAAAGAUUUUCAAACGUGUUAUGUUCAAAAUGAGAACAGUAAACGUUCAAAUAAUAUUUAUCUUACAGAUAUAGUGGAACAAAAAAAUAAUUUGAUUACCAAUGAGCUUGUUAAGAAAAAACUGCUUGAUAUUUUGAAUGACGAUGAAUUAGAAAAUGCGUGUAUCGAAGAUUUAGAUUAUGAAUUUGAGAAAAUAUCAUUAUCUACAGGAUUUUGUAGUACAACUGAUGAACAAUUAUCAAGUGAUGAUGCUCUUUACUAUUCACCUGAUACAGAUAAUCAUUUAAAAUAUAACACAAUUUCUAUGUCGUAUGAUGCUGGUCUAUCAUCUUCAAAUUAUGCUGUAACAGAUUCACGAUUACAUCGAACAAAAUCUGACAAUCAACAUACUGAAGUCAACAUGUCUAAAACGAAUUUUAAUAAUAAAACAAUGAAUAUUCCAUCGUGGUAUUCAUCACCAUUGCCACAUUGGCGUACAGACGAUUCCGAAUUGUACAAUAAUACAAAUGUUAAUAUUAAUAAUGUUGCAACAUCAUUUGGGAUGGUAGCUGAACAAUGUAUGAGAAAAAGAUCAGAUUCGAUAACAAUGAUAAUAUCAUCAACAGAUGAUUCAACUGAUCAUAUAAACCAAGUUAAUGAUGAUGAUGUAGCAGAUUGUAAAAUAUCUUCAAAAUUAAUACGAACUGUUCAAUAUGGAAUAAAAGAAAAUAAACGAAAACAACGCUAUCGUCAUCAUCGACGAAAUGAACAAUAUAAGUUGGUAUCUAAACAAAAUACGUUACCUCUUCAUACAAAUUCAACGUCUCAAAGAAAAAGUAAUGCAACGAUAUGCAUAUAG